UUCUCUGCUAUUUUCUUUGUGUUCCUACCCCUCAUACUGUUGCUCACUUUGGAGUCGACAACUACUCAUUCAUUGCAAUCAUGGCGUCUGCAGAGCAAAGAUUUGAUCUUAUCCGGGAGAAUCUCGGCGAAGUUCUCAACCCAGAGUUGAUUGAGAGUAUCCUCAAGGAGGGGCGCAACCCUCGCGUGUACUGGGGUACCGCCACUACUGGCAGGCCUCACACCGGAUACUUCGUCGCCGCAAUCAAGAUUGCCCAGCUGCUCGCCGCAGGUUGUGAGGUCGUUAUCCUCCUUGCCGAUGUGCACGCAUUCCUGGACUCUAUGAAAGCGCCCCUUGAAUUGGUCGAGAACCGUGUCAAAUACUACCAGAAGAUUAUCACGGCAAUUCUUGAGGCCGUUGGUGUAUCCACGGAGAAGCUCGAGUUUGUUCUCGGCAGUUCCUACCAGCGCAAUGCCGACUAUGUUAUGGACGUCUACCGGCUGGCCGCUUUGACUUCCGAACAUGAUUGCAGGAAGGCUGGUGCAGAGAUCGUCAAGCAGUCCACCAAUGCCCCAUUGAGUGGUCUGCUGUACCCCAUUCUGCAGGUCCUCGAUGAGGAGUACCUCAAGGUUGAUGCUGAGCUGGGCGGUCUCGAUCAGCGGAAGCUCUUUGUGGCGGCAACCGAGUGGCUACCCAAGCUCGGUUACAGAAAGCGCGCUCAUCUCAUCACGCCAAUGGUAGCAGGCUUGAGUGGAGGCAAGAUGAGCUCUAGUAUUGAAGAUAGCAAGAUCGAUCUCCUUGACCCGCCUGAGACGGUCGCCAAGAAGAUCCGCAAAUCCGAAGCGGCCCCCAAAAUUGUUGAAAACAACGGCAUUAUCGCCCUGGUUGAGUUCGUCCUGCUUCCUGCAGCCGCUCUCUCAGGCAAGAAAGAAUUCCGCGUUGAACGCCGGGAUGCCGAGCCCUUGAUCUACACCGACAUCCAACAACUCAAAGAUGAUUACGCAAACGACAUUCUGACCCCUCAAUUCCUCAAGCCUGCAGCGGCAGAAGCGCUCACUCGUCUCAUGGCACCUAUCAAUGAUGCCUACCAGGCCUCGGCCGAAUGGCAAGAGAUCACCCUUAAGGCCUACCCUCCCCCAGUUGUACAGAAGAAGCAAAAGAAGGUCAAGGAUAGGGGCACCCGCCACCCGGGUGCUGCCAAGGAGCAGGAGCUCCCAGAGCGCCCGAAGGAGUAGAAUAGAUCUACUCUGACUCAUAGCGGCCCCAAUUUGAGUACGUCCUGACGACUUUGCACUAUUACUGAUGCGAGUGGAUCAAAAUACAUAUUGAAGAUGAAGGGAAGAGUUUUAAGACAUGACGAACUCUUUACAGUGAGGUCUUUCACUUGACGGUCAAUCAGUAGAUAGCAUCAAUUUAUAGCAAAAUUUUUCAUGGCCAUCUGGCAGUACGAGAUCG